CGGCUGACCUACAGACAAAGAGACUACAUCUCCCGGCUGACCUACAUACAUAGAGACUACAUCUCCCAGGUGCCCCAGUGUGGAUGAGACCCGCCAUAUUGCUGUCGCUGCUCGAGAAGCUGCUGCUCCGUCGUGUUGCCGUGAUGACCCAGACCGUUCAGACCAACGGGGUCCAGCCCCUCAGCAAGACCUGGGAGCUGAGCCUGUACGAGCUGCAGAGGACCCCGCAGGAGGCGAUAACGGACGGGCUGGAGAUCGCUGUGUCUCCGCGGUCGCUGCACAGUGAGCUCAUGUGUCCCAUCUGUCUGGACAUGCUGAAGAACACAAUGACCACCAAGGAGUGUCUCCACCGCUUCUGCGCCGACUGCAUCAUCACGGCCCUCAGAUCUGGUAACAAGGAGUGUCCGACAUGUCGUAAGAAGCUGGUGUCCAAGAGGUCUCUGCGUCCAGACCCAAACUUCGACGCUCUCAUCAGUAAGAUCUACCCCAGCCGAGAUGAGUAUGAAGCCCACCAGGAGAGGGUUCUUGCCCGGAUCAGCAAACACAACAACCAGCAGGCACUGUCCCACAGUAUAGAGGAGGGGCUGAAGAUACAGGCUAUGACCAGACUGCAGCGUGGUAAGAAGCACACGGUGGAGAACGGAAGUGGAGCCGAAGACAACGGAGACUCCUCCCACUGUAGCAACGCCUCUGUCCAUAGCAACCAGGAGGCGGGGCCAAGCAUCAAGCGCACCAAGACCAGCGACGACAGCGGGCUGGACAUGGAGAACGCCACGGAGAACGGGGGCGGGGACUCGGUGAUUGACGGCGGCGCCAGUGAGAUAGAGCUGGUCUUUAGGCCACACCCCACUCUGAUGGAGAAGGACGACGCCCACAACAGUGUGGAGUUCGUCCCUCGCUACAUCAAGACGUCGGGAAACGCCACGGUGGACCACCUCUCCAAGUACCUGGCGGUGCGCCUCGCCCUGGAGGAGCUGCGGAGGAACGCCGAGGCCAGCCCCGUCAACGUGGAGGCCGCCUCCGAGAAGCAGUACACCAUCUACAUCCCCAGCGCCGCCUCCACUUUCACUGUGCUGAACGGGUCCUUCUCCCUGGAGCUGGUCAGUGAGAAGUACUGGAAGGUCAACAAGCCCAUGGAACUGUACUUCGCCCCCACGAAAGAACACAAGUAGAGACACACACACAGACACACACACACACACACACAAACACAGGACUACGUUUACUGCACCUACGAAGGAGCCGGUGUGAGGAGGAGAGGAGGAGUCGGCCCCAGCGACUCGUGUACAUUGGUUUUGUUUUCUAUAUCUUCUUAUCUCUUGUAUGUUAAUGUGCACCGUCACCCGGCCGUACCCCCCCACGGGUCAGACCCCCCCCGGUCAGACAAGGCCCCCCACCACCCCCACACCCAGACCCACACCCCGAGCAGGACUGUGGGUCUGGCCUCUAGAAUCCAGGCCGACGCUGGGGGGUAGACUGGACCCCUGGACGCUCUAGCCUGGGCUGCUGGAGGGGGUCCAAUCUGGACCUUCUGGUCUAUCUGGGCUGGGGGGGGCACGGCGCCAAAUUCCCCCGCAGUCACCACUGACCGGUGAGGUCAAAGGUCGGGUUGUUGGGUGCGUUAGAGUGUUAGUUUUAGUUGUGUAUGUGACGUCCGGACUGGGGGGGGGGGGGCGGGCCUCAGACCCCGGGGAGGGGUUAGCGGAAGGCGCUGGGAACAUUGAGUCCAUAUCUAUCCUUCUUUUUCUAAAAGGCAUGUUAACAUUUGAAGGUCACGAGGUUCCAGAUGUUGGUGUAAAAUUAAUUUUCUGUUUGAACAAUAAACCCGAAUCUGUUCCUCUG